AUGCAAACCAUUACCCCCUACGAUUACCCCAACUUAACUCUUUAUUUUGAUGAGGAUCUCCAGCCGUGCUCCAUGGAGAGUGUUGGGCUCUUUAAGAAAACAUAUGCCCCCGUUUUAUUUUCUUUGAUGUUUGUGUGGGGGCUUCUAGGAAAUGUGUUGGUGAUUGUUACUUUCAAUCACUAUAAGCGAGCAAAGUCAAUGACGGAUGUGUAUCUCUUAAACAUGGCCGUGGCAGACAUACUGCUCGUUCUCACGCUUCCGUUCUGGGCUGUGUAUCAUCAUAAACAAGAAUGGAUUUUCCAGGACUUCAUGUGUAAAUUAGUGAGAGCGCUGUACGCCAUCAAUUUCAGCUGCAGCAUGCUGCUGUUAGCAUGCGUGAGUAUCGACCGCUACGUCGCUAUUGUGCAGGUCACAAAGUCUUUUAAAUUUCGAACGACGGCAAUGGCGUACAAGAACAUGAUCUGCUUGUUCGUAUGGCUUUUCUCUGCCUUGCUCUCAAGCUUCACCUACUACUUCAGUGAAUCUUACGAAAUAAAUUCUGUUCUAGUUUGCGAACCAAGAUAUUACGGCGCAUCAACGGCAUUGCAGUUAAAGUUGGCAGCCUUGGCGGUGCAGGUAGCCGUCGGCUACUUCAUCCCAUUUCUUGUUAUGCUUUUCUGCUACACGUGCAUUAUUAAAACAUUGCUCCACGCGCAAAAUUCUCAGAGGCACAAGGCGAUACGUGUCAUAGUAGUCGUAGUAGCUGUGUUUCUGUUCUGCCAGGUCCCGUACAACGUCCUUCUUUUAAAGAAAGCCAUAGAGAUUGGAAACCCUGAUCACAGGUGCCAUGAGCAUGUUAAAAGCGCCUAUGCCCUUUUUCUAACAGAAACCUUGGCCUUUGGGCACUGUUGCCUGAACCCAAGCAUAUAUGCUUUUAUCGGAGUCAAAUUUAGGAAUUACUUUUGGAAAAUAAUCCAAGAUCUGUGGUGCGUUAGUAAACAAUACAUGACGGGAACUCGCAGUUCGAGGAUGUCUUCUGAUAUGUACGUUUCCAAAAGAACAAGCGAAGGCUUUCCAAGUGACGGCGGUUCAUCAUUUACCAUGUGAUUAAAAAGCUAUACGGGGGAACUUCCAGGCUCCUGCUCUCAUUUAUCCAUACACAGGCCAUUUAUUGUGCACCUAACUUUGCAAACACUAGCACAUUAUAUAUAUUGUCAUGCAGAUAUGUAUAUACCAUAGAUGCAAUAAUGGUUUUCUACAGGCUCAUAUGUAUGUGCGGAUCUAUUUAAAAAUAUCUACACAAAAAACUACCUUUAUUUUUUUUUUGUCAUAUGUGGAUGUCUACUUUAGCUUCAAAUGUAUU